AGUUCACACUCAUUUCACUGCAUAUCUAGAAAGCCAUUUUAUCAUUUGUGGUCUUCAUUUUAUAUCCUACACUCCUCUGUCAAUAUUUGGUUAAAAUACCGAAACAAAUGAAUAUAUAUUUUAUAUCUAUUUUAUGUAUACAUAAUGUAUAUGAGGAGUCAUUUUUGAGAAAUGUUUCUACACAGAUUUUAGCAUACAUUUCCCCCACACUACAAAAUGUUAUAAAAAUCUUUUGAAUGUUUUGAAGAUGAAACAUGGACCUAUACAACCUCCCCAUUUGUGUAUCCAUCGCAUAAAAUGGGAUGCUAUUAGAGGCUAGUUUCUUUCAGUUAUGUCUUGGAAUUUUGUGGAAGGUGAAGAUGUGAUUGUAUAAACAAAUGGAUAUAAAACCUCCAUUUUUAAUCUGAAGAUAUGUUUCACUGUAACAAAAUAAUCCCCUGUAAAGUUAGAAGAGAGAUAAAUUGCAUAAACAGUUCAGUUGGACUGGACCAAGCAACCCUGUCCUGCAGUUGGUUGAUUCCAGUGAAAGACUUUGAGUAUGACAAAUGAAGUGUGAUGAAACUUCCCAUAUGGAUGUUCUGUGUUUCUCACAGACUCUAAAUCAGUUGGCUGCAAGAGACCGUUACAGUGGUGUCAUGAUGUGGCCAGGGGGUGGUUUCAGUUACAGAGGCAUAGUGCCCAAAUUCCACUAUGCAUGGAACAUGAAUGUAUCAUGGGAAAGGAGAGUAGAUUUGGUCAUGGACUGGUUCAGUCACUCCAGUACCCCAGCUAAUCUGGUUAUGUUAUAUUUUGAAGAGCCGGACACUACUGCACAUGCAUUUGGCCCUGAAUCUGCCCAAGUGCUCAGCUAUAUUCAGAAGGUAGACAAUAUUGCAACCUAUGUCCGUCAGCGUCUCACAAACAAGAACCUUCUUGAUAAGGUUAAUGUGGUGUUGCUGAGUGACCAUGGCAUGGCAACAGUCACUCCUCAGAGGAUAUUCAAUCUCUCACAGUAUGUUGACAAAGCAUUUUUCCAAAUAGUGGACUCGUCUCCAGUGUUACAGAUCCGUCCAUCGAAAGGAAAGCAAACCAUAGUGUACAAUACAUUGAAAACUGCGUCACGGACAGCCAAUUUUUCCAUUUAUCAGUCAAAUGAACUUCCUCAGCGAUGGCAUUAUGGACAGAGUCCACGUACUCCUCCCUUAUUGGCUGUAGCUGACACCGGCUAUGCAUUCCAGGAUCUAAUUGAAUGGUAUCAGAAGUUGAAUAGAACAUUGACAUCAAAUACCACUCUGGGUCUACAUGGCUAUGACAACAGUGAACAUUGUAUGCGGCCAUUCUUCAUAGCAAGUGGUCCGUUAGUGAAGAGUGGACACAGAAUACAGCCAUUUGAUACAGUUGACUAUUACACAUUGUUCAGCACCAUAUUGGGAGUGACACCUGAACCUAACAAUGGAACUUUUGCCAAUGUAAGGGAUCUCCUAAAGAAUCCUCCUUCAAUUACAUAGAUUCAUUUAUCUUAUCUGAAAAUACUACAGGCCUAAUAUAAUGUUAAUUACGAUUUGCUGUGAAACUACACAUAAAUUGAAGAUUGUUGUUCAUGUGAGUGCUCACAUGAUGAGCUUUAUAUUUGAUCUGUCCAACCCAAAAGUAUUGUACACAUAUUGUAAGAUCUUUUGUGUGGACAAUGUUUUGUUAAUGUUUACAUUAGAAAAAAGAAUGGUAAUUACAUGUGCCACCUGCUUUAUAAAUUAGCAACUCUGCAUUUUGUA